CUUUAACUCAUCGAAUGAACCAGACCACUGAUAAACAUCUCCGUCGACCGAUAAAUGUUUGGCAAGACUCAUAAUAAUGUUUAUUGUUAGCUUUUAUGCCUUUAUCAUGGAUUAAAUGGUGGAAAUCACAGAGCUCAAAAGGGCACGUCUGCACUGCUCGGAGGUCAAAUAUACGAUGGCGGAAGUGCAAAAAGUUCUGUUUGUUGGUGGAGUCUUGAGUUGGAUUGGAAAGUUCAAGAAAUGGGAAAUCGGUGUUUAUGCCGUUUUUGCUGCAAUCCUAAUAAUCCUGAUUGAGUAUCCCAGAGCAAAAAGACAGACAGGAAGGACAAAGGAACGGAUUGCUCAGAAGUUUUUGACACCUGUAAUAAAAAGUCUUGGCCCAUUUGGAAGAAAUUAUUAUGUCAGAUUUCUACUGUAUCUUGGACUGUCAAUUCCUUGUGGAUUUCUCCUCUCUACUCUUCUUGGAGGAGCUUGCCUGUGUAUAUCAAGCAUCAUAUACCUGGUUGCAGCUGUGGCAGGAGAGGAAUGGAAACCAUGCAUAGUCACAUAUGAAGCAAAACAAGAAAAUACUUUGCCUGAAGCUCCCCAACAACCACCACCAAGAUUACAUCAGGUUUCUCGAAGUUCUGAGAAUUUGUAUGAGAAUGCCUAGACUUCAUAACAGAGGGUAUGUUAAGGUGAACUGAUGGCUGUGUAGCAAUAGAAACAGCAGUAGUCUAACUAUGGAAAACAGCUGGUCACUAAUUGUGAACAAUAUACACUUAAUGUAUGCUCCUGAGGGAGGUAGUGUGAGUUUUGUUUUCCCAAGAGUCUUUGUCUCUGGACUU